UUUCAAACUCAGAUGCGCGUAGAGCGCACUGGAGUGUAGAUCAGGAAAAGGGAGGGGACAGCUGGUAGCCAUAGUGGAUAGGAGUAAAACGUAAAUAAAUAGACUCCAAGGGCAAUAACCAACGUGGGUCUUCGUGAUAUCGCCUUCGGAGACAUUCCGGUCACCGUUGGCGGCCUGGCCAGAGUCCUGGUGGCAUUUAAAGCUGUUCUUUCUUACAAAAGCGGCGUGCCGAGGGAGGACGCUUCUCUUUGAAUAGACAGGAUGCACGGACCGCCCUCCGGCGACAGCGCAUGCCCAUUGCGCCUCAUCAAGAGAGUGCAAUUCGGCAUCAUCAGCCCAGAUGAGCUUAAACGGAUGUCGGUCACAGAAGGGGGAAUCAAGUACCCCGAGACCACAGAAGGAGGACGUCCUAAACUUGGUGGGCUGAUGGACCCCAGACAAGGGGUCAUCGAACGAUCCGGAAGGUGUCAAACGUGUGCAGGCAACAUGACAGAAUGCCCGGGCCACUUCGGCCACAUAGAGCUGGCAAAGCCUGUCUUCCACGUGGGCUUCGUCAACAAGAUCAUGAAGGUCCUCCGAUGUGUCUGCUACUCGUGCUCCAAGCUUCUGGUCGACACGAAUAACCCAAAGAUCAAAGACAUCCUGCAGAAGUCCAAGGGGCAGCCCAGGAAGCGUCUGACCCACGUGUACGACCUGUGUAAAGGCAAGAACAUCUGCGAGGGCGGAGAGGAGAUGGACAACAAGUUUGGAGUGGACCAGCAGGAGCACGACAGUGAGGACAUCACUAAGGAGAAGGGCCACGGUGGCUGUGGGCGCUACCAGCCGCGUAUCCGCCGGUCGGGCCUGGAGCUGUACGCUGAGUGGAAGCAUGUGAACGAGGACUCACAGGAGAAGAAGAUCCUGCUGAGCCCAGAGCGCGUCUACGAGAUCUUCAAGCGUAUCUCGGACGAGGAGGAUGUCAUCCUGGGCUUGGACCCCAAGUUCUCCCGGCCCGAGUGGAUGAUCGUCACAGUACUCCCCGUGCCGCCACUGGCUGUCCGGCCCGCCGUCGUCAUGCAGGGCUCUGCUCGUAACCAGGACGACUUGACACACAAGCUGGCCGACAUCGUCAAGAUCAACAACCAGCUGCGGCGGAACGAGCAGAGCGGCGCGGCGGCCCACGUCAUCGCUGAGGACGUGAAGCUGCUGCAGUUCCACGUGGCCACCAUGGUGGACAAUGAGCUGCCAGGCCUACCCAGGGCGAUGCAAAAAUCGGGCCGCCCACUUAAAUCCCUCAAACAGCGUCUGAAAGGGAAGGAGGGGCGAGUCCGAGGUAACCUGAUGGGGAAACGUGUGGACUUCUCCGCCCGAACCGUCAUCACCCCCGACCCCAACCUCCAGAUCGACCAAGUGGGCGUCCCGCGCUCCAUCGCAGCCAACAUGACCUUCCCUGAAAUCGUCACACCCUUUAACAUUGACAGGUUACAGGAGCUGGUGCGCAGAGGCAACAGCCAAUAUCCCGGAGCCAAAUAUAUCAUCCGCGACAACGGGGACAGAAUCGACCUGCGGUUUCACCCCAAACCAAGUGACCUUCACCUCCAGAUUGGCUACAAGGUGGAAAGACAUAUGUGCGAUGGUGACAUCAUUAUCUUCAACAGACAGCCCACGCUACAUAAAAUGUCUAUGAUGGGGCACAGAGUCCGAAUCUUGCCCUGGUCCACCUUUCGAAUGAACCUCAGUGUAACCACCCCGUACAAUGCUGACUUUGACGGGGACGAGAUGAACCUGCAUCUCCCCCAGUCCCUGGAGACGAGAGCUGAGAUCCAGGAGCUUGCCAUGGUGCCUCGGAUGAUCGUCACCCCCCAGUCCAACAGGCCCGUCAUGGGCAUCGUGCAGGACACCCUCACAGCGGUGCGCAAGUUCACCAAGAGGGAUGUCUUCCUAGAGCGGGGCGAUGUGAUGAACCUCCUGAUGUUCCUGUCCACGUGGGACGGCAAGGUGCCCCAGCCAGCCAUCCUGAAGCCCCGGCCGCUCUGGACGGGCAAGCAGAUCUUCAGCCUCAUCAUCCCGGGCCACAUCAACGCCAUCCGAACACACAGCACCCACCCAGACGAGGAGGACAGUGGGCCCUACAAACACAUCUCCCCUGGGGACACCAAGGUGAUAGUGGAGAAUGGAGAGCUGAUCAUGGGCAUCCUGUGUAAGAAGUCCCUGGGUACCUCUGCUGGCUCCCUGGUCCACAUCUGCUUCCUGGAGAUGGGCCACGACGUCACCCGCCUCUUCUACUCCAACAUCCAGACGGUGGUGAAUAACUGGCUGCUCAUUGAGGGUGCCUCGAUUGGUAUUGGUGAUUCUAUUGCUGAUGCAAAGACUUACCUUGACAUUCAGAACACCAUCAAGAAGGCCAAGCAGGAUGUAAUAGAGGUCAUUGAGAAGGCCCACAACAACGAGUUGGAGCCCACCCCUGGUAACACGCUGAGGCAGACCUUUGAGAACCAGGUGAAUCGCAUCCUGAACGACGCCCGUGACAAAACGGGUUCCUCCGCCCAGAAGUCCCUGUCUGAGUACAACAACUUCAAGUCCAUGGUGGUGGCCGGCUCCAAAGGCUCCAAGAUUAACAUCUCUCAGGUUAUUGCUGUGGUGGGGCAGCAGAACGUGGAGGGUAAACGUAUCCCCUUUGGCUUCAAGCACCGCACGCUCCCCCACUUCAUCAAGGAUGACUACGGCCCUGAGAGCAGAGGCUUCGUGGAGAACUCGUACCUGGCUGGCCUCACGCCCACGGAGUUCUUUUUCCACGCCAUGGGAGGCAGAGAGGGGCUUAUUGACACGGCUGUGAAGACCGCCGAAACUGGUUACAUCCAGCGUCGUCUGAUCAAGUCCAUGGAGUCUGUGAUGGUGAAGUACGACGCCACCGUGAGGAACUCCAUCAACCAGGUGGUGCAGCUACGCUACGGAGAGGACGGCCUGGCCGGGGAGGCUGUGGAGUUCCAGAACAUGGCCACGCUCAAACCCUCCAACAAGGCCUUCGAGAAGAAGUUCAGGUUUGACUGCACCAAUGAGCGGGCGCUGCGGCGCACCCUACAGGAGGACGUGGUGAAGGACGUGAUGACCAACGCCCAGGUGCAGAGUGCCCUGGAGAGAGAGUAUGAAAAGAUGAAGGAGGACAGAGAGAUUCUGAGGGCCAUCUUCCCCACUGGGGACAGCAAGGUGGUGCUUCCAUGCAACCUGGCCAGGAUGAUCUGGAACGCCCAGAAGAUCUUCAGGAUCAACCCCCGCACCCCCACAGACCUCAACCCCCUACGAGUGGUAGAGGGUGUCCAAGACCUGAGUAAGAAGCUGGUGAUUGUGAACGGCGAGGACCACCUGAGCAGACAGGCCCAGCAGAACGCCACCCUCCUCUUCAACAUCCACCUGCGCUCCACGCUCAGCUCCCGACGCAUGACAGACGAAUUCCGGCUGAGCACUGAGGCUUACGACUGGCUACUGGGGGAGAUCGAGAGCAAGUUCAACCAGUCUAUUGCCCACCCGGGUGAGAUGGUGGGGGCGUUAGCCGCCCAGUCGCUGGGAGAACCCGCCACCCAGAUGACCCUGAACACCUUCCACUACGCUGGUGUGUCGGCCAAGAACGUCACUCUGGGCGUGCCGCGUCUCAAGGAGUUGAUCAACAUCUCCAAGAGGCCCAAGACCCCCUCCCUCACCGUGUUCCUGCUGGGCCAGGCGGCCCGCGAUGCCGAGCGGGCCAAGGAUAUCCUCUGUCGGCUGGAACACACCACCCUCAGAAAGGUGACGGCCAACACAGCCAUCUACUACGACCCUAACCCCCAGAGCACGGUGGUGACGGAGGACCAGGAGUGGGUCAACGUCUACUAUGAGAUGCCUGACUUCGACGUGACUCGCAUCUCCCCCUGGCUCCUCCGCAUCGAGCUCGACCGCAAACACAUGACUGACCGCAAGCUGACCAUGGAGCAGAUCGCAGAGAAGAUCAAUGCAGGUUUCGGAGAUGAUCUGAACUGUAUCUUCAAUGACGACAACGCCGAGAAGCUGGUCUUGCGAAUUCGCAUCAUGAACAGCGACGAGAACAAGUUCCAUGAGGAUGAGGAAGUGGUGGACAAGAUGGACGACGACGUGUUCCUGAGGUGCAUCGAGUCCAACAUGCUGACGGACAUGACACUGCAGGGCAUCGAGCAGAUCAGCAAGGUGUACAUGCACUUGCCCCAGACAGACAACAAGAAGAAGAUCAUCAUUACAGAGGAGGGAGAGUUCAAGGCCCUGCAGGAGUGGAUCCUGGAGACAGAUGGCGUGGGACUGAUGAGGGUCCUCAGUGAGAAGGACGUGGACCCUGUCAGGACCACCUCCAACGACAUUGUAGAGAUCUUCACGGUGCUGGGUAUCGAGGCUGUACGUAAGGCGCUGGAGAGGGAGUUGAACCACGUCAUCUCCUUUGAUGGUUCCUACGUCAACUACCGCCACUUGUCGUUGCUUUGCGACACCAUGACGUGCCGCGGUCACCUGAUGGCUAUCACACGUCACGGCAUCAACAGACAGGACACGGGACCUCUCAUGAAGUGCUCCUUUGAGGAGACGGUGGACGUGCUGAUGGAGGCGUCAUCCCACGGGGAGAGUGACCCUAUGAAGGGUGUGUCUGAGAACAUUAUGCUGGGCCAGCUGGCCCCCUGCGGGACGGGCUGCUUUGACCUGCUGCUGGACGCUGAGAAGUGCAAAUACGGCAUGGAGAUCCCCACCAACAUCCCUGGUAUCAGCGUGGCUGGACCCACCGGAAUGUUCUUUGGCUCGGCGCCCAGCCCCAUGAGUGGCAUGUCCCCAGCCAUGACCCCCUGGAACACUGGAGCCACCCCCGCCUAUGGUGCCUGGUCCCCCAGCAUUGGUAGCGGGAUGACUCCCGGAGCAGCAGGCUUCUCUCCCAGCGCAGCAUCCGACGCCAGUGGCUUCUCUCCGGGCUACUCCCCGGCCUGGUCCCCUACCCCUGGAUCUCCUGGGUCCCCGGGGCCAGCCAGCCCCUACAUCCCCUCUCCAGGAGGUGCGAUGUCUCCCAACUACUCGCCCACCUCCCCGGCCUACGAGCCCCGCUCUCCUGGGGGAUACACCCCCCAAAGCCCAGGCUACUCCCCAACCUCCCCCUCGUACUCCCCAACCUCCCCCUCUUACUCCCCCACCAGCCCCAACUACAGCCCCACCUCCCCCUCGUACUCCCCAACCUCCCCCUCGUACUCCCCAACCUCCCCCUCGUGCUCCCCCAACCUCCCCUCGUACUCCCCAAUCCCCUCGUACUCCCCAACCUCCCCUAGUUACUCCCCCACGUCCCCCUCGUACUCUCCAACCUCCCCUAGUUACUCCCCCACGUCCCCCUCUUACAGCCCUACGUCCCCAAGCUACAGCCCUACGUCCCCAAGCUACUCCCCCACCUCGCCUAGCUACUCCCCCACCUCGCCUAGCUACUCCCCACCUCGCCCUCCUACUCCCCCCACCUCACCCUCUUACUCCCCCACCUCCCCCUCUUACUCCCCCACCUCUCCAAGCUACAGCCCCUCUUCACCCAACUACACCCCCACCUCCCCCUCCUACUCCCCACCUCCCCCUCCUACUCCCCCCACCUCUCCAAACUACACCCCCACCAGCCCCAACUACUCCCCGACCUCCCCCUCUUAUUCCCCCACCUCCCCGUCCUACUCUCCCUCCAGCCCGCGCUUCACCCCCCAAUCGCCCACCUACACCCCCAGUUCUCCCUCUUACAGCCCCAGCUCGCCCUCCUACUCACCCACCUCGCCCAAAUACACCCCUACGUCCCCUUCUUACUCCCCCAGCUCUCCAGAGUACACCCCCACCUCCCCCAAAUACUCCCCCACCUCGCCCAAGUACUCUCCGACCUCUCCCAAAUACUCACCCACCUCCCCAACUUACUCACCGACGACGCCCAAGUACAGCCCCACUUCGCCCACCUACUCGCCCACCUCGCCCACCUACACCCCCACCAGCCCCAAGUACUCCCCUACCUCCCCAACAUACUCUCCAACCUCACCCAAAUACUCUCCCACCUCCCCCACCUACUCACCAACUAGCCCCAAAGGGUCCACCUACAGCCCCCUGUCUCCGGGCUACAGCAACCCCUCGCCCAGCUUCACCCUCACCAGCCCGGCCAUCAGCCCAGACGACAGUGACGAGGAAAACAACUGAGGGAGCCAGGAGGAGAAGAGGGGGCUGAGGAGCCUCUCCCUGCCCCAAUCCAAGCCCCUGGGCUGGAUAACUGAAGGAUAGCCUCUCCCUGCCCCAAUCCAAGCCCCUGGGCUGGAUAACUGAAGGAUAGCCUCUCUGCUGGAGGUGUCGUGGUUUGGGUGGACAAAGAAAGAAAAAAACCCUGGGCAUCCCACUUGUGAAUUUUAUAUUUUGGGGACCAUUGUACCCCCAGCCUUGUCCAACUUGGGGGUGGGGGGGUGGGGUCCCUAAAAAUAUUUCCUACUAUUGUAUUUGAUAGACUUGAACAGUUUAGCCAGGAGAAAUGGCUGCCUUUUGAACUAGAACUUUUGUUUCUGUUAUUAAUUUUCAUGCAGGGGGUUGAAGCAGAGUAGAGGAAAGCAGAGGGGAGGGAGAUGUGGUUACCACGUUGACAAAAACCUCCCUCCUUUUCACCCCCCUGUUUCCCAGCACCCAGUCUCUCUCUCUCUCUGAACUUCACUGUUGGAUGUAUAGUUGUAGGGGAGAGUAUUGCCAAAAGCCUUGAAAAAUCUACCAGUGGAUUGUAGUUCUCUCCUUAAAAAGCUUCCAAGAAAAAGAACCAGAGUAGAGUUGAGGUGGUCUUUAUUGCAGAUUUUACUAAAACGUAUCUUUAGUUUUUCAGUUUCAGUUGCUGUUUUGGUUGGAAGAAAAAAUUGAGCUAAUGCUUUUGAUAUAUCAAAUCUAAUUUUAUUUGUCACAUGCACCAAAUACAACAGGUGUAGACCUUACGGUGAAAUGCUUAGUUACAAGCCCUUAACCAACAAUGCAGUUCAUGAAAUAGUUAAGAAAAUAUUUACUAAAUAAACUAAAGGCGGCUGGCCAGCGUUGAGAUGAACAGCAUAAAAUAUUACACAUGUGCAGUUCAGAACAGUGGGAGUAGUGGAAAGGGUUGCCAUGAUACUGCAGGUCAGCACAUAGUCAUGGGCUGCAAAUGAAGACUGCCCAGGACGACAGAUGGUCAGGUCAUGGAUGCAGAAAGCCGAAAGGGAGAUGUUGACGUAUUGUCACCUCUCUAUGACAUUCCAAAUAAACCCCUUUACCCUCACCCCAAAGACAAGCCUGAAAGAUGUCAAAAAAACAGCCACCAGCAUCCCUGUGCUCUUCACCAUUAGAUGAGACUUGUGUACAACAGCAAAAAGCUGAUUAUUUUUUUUCUCCCAGCAAACCACUUCUUUCUUAAAACACUGGGAAGUAUGAGGUUUAUGAAAGACUUAGAAUGGAAUAAUGAGAUAAUAUUAUUACUAUUUGAUUCUGUUUGGUUUUAGGAGAGAACGGGGCGUUUCUAGGUGGAAGAGGGAUACUAGUUGGUCGGUGUCGUUGCUUCCGUCAUUGUUUAUGAAUGAGUAGCAACCUGUUAAUACAUUUUAAUCAUCCAGAUUUAGGUUGAAGCGCUCUUAUUUGAAAUCCCUCCCACCUUUCAAUAAUACGUGUUCCAUAAUUCUAAUUAGAAAAUGUAAAUGAGUUCAAUUUAUUUAAGAAAGAAAAGGGAAACGUACUACUUGUGUGAAUCAGUAUAGAGGAUAAAUUGAGAAUCCAAUGAUUUUGUUUUUUAAAGUAUUUUUUUCUCGUUUGCUUCUGACUUGGUAAGAGCUGUUUGCAAAGAGGGUCUGUGUUCAGGUACUUUGGAUGAAGGGGUAGGGAACGGAGGGGGUAUGUUCGAUUUCUCCCCCUUAGGGUCUCUCUUCCAUUCUGUUUCCCAAUCGCCUUGUUCAGUUUCUGCCAUUCCGGCUCCAAUUUGGGCCAAGAUGGCCGCCGCGUUCUCGUUCAGUAGUAGAAAGGAAAAUGUUGCAUGCAGUCCAUUCAUGAGGCUUCCGCUAAGUGGCUCUACUACAGUUAAGGUAGAAAAUGCAAUGUUCAGCUUAGUGUUUUCAGUUACGCUCUUGACCGCUGGAGGGCGACGUAGGCCCUCAGUUGAGUUCACAGAACUUCUCUAGAAGCGUCAGUUUCUGUUCAGUGAUUUUUAACAAAGGAGACCAGCCAUUUCGGAGCACUUUUGGCCUCUACAUCCCCCUACCCACUACAUUAGUGCGUCAGUGAAUCCUUGGAAGUUUAUGAAAACCAUGGACCAAGCAUAGACAAACUUGACAUUCACAUCCGGGUGCUCUUACACUUUACUAGGCCUAGUUUGAUUGAUGAAGUGGACAAGUGUUUGAUUCUCUUGCCUGUAUGACUAUGGAACACAGAUUGUGUUUCCUCUGGUGUUCCCUCCAAGCAGUAGGACAGGAAAUGAUACGUUCCCCACUUUUGAUUGGACUAGCUGGCUUUCCUUCCCCCCUCUUCAUCCACAAGUGAUACUGAUUAUUUUCUGAAAUCGGUGUUUGUCCUUUUUUCUACCAGUGUAUGUACCUGUGAUUGGUAAUCUCGGCGUUGGUGGGAGGGAGGGGGGUGGAGUACUGUAUGGAACUGGGAGUCCUGAGGGAAUGGAAUUCGAUCCCUGUGGACUUCCAUGGUGGGACUGGUACUCGGAUGCAGUCUGAAUUUGUUGGGAUCUUAAUCUGGUUCAUGGUCAGGAACGUUUUUGGUACAACUCGCCCUGUCUACCAAAUGUGUUUCAACAGCGGUGAUUUUGAAUUGACUGGACUGUACCACCUGCAUUGGAUACAGGUGUUGGCAAUACACUGUUGAAAUCCAUGCAGUUGGUCUCUCCCAUAAUCGCCUCAUGACAUGGUGACUUUGUCCACUACCAUCAUAUCCCAUUGAUUUACCUGUGUCGUCCAGUCAAUUCAAACAUACCAGGACUCUGUGUCUGUGUGUGUGUGUGUGUGUGUGUGUGUGUGUGUGUGUGUGUGUGUGUGUGUGUGUGUGUGUGUGUGUGUGUGUGUGUGUGUGUGUGUGUGUGUGUGUGUGUGUGUGUGUGUGUGUGUGUGUGUGUGUGUGUGUGUGUGUGUCGGUCGGUCGGUCGGUCGAAGGAGAGACAGGGUUUUCUUGAGUUGGAGAAAAGACUGGACAGGGUGUCUGGGGAAAAGGAAGGAUUAAAAUAAAUUGCCACUGUAUUGAAAUCAAUCCAAUAUGUCAUUCUCUGUAUGUUUUGUUUUUUUGACUUGAGAAAAAAAAUAAAGUUUUACUACAG